AUGUCCAUCCACCCAGAGUCGACUAUUAUACUCAUCUGCAACAUGCAGAAUAAGUUUCAUAAGUUGAAGUAUUUCAGCCAAGGACCAGUGAUACAUGGAUACGACGAGGUCAUACCUACCAUCAACAAGAUGCUGAAGAUCACAAAGAAUUCGAAAGCGCUUGGUCCAACAGACCCAGCUAUCGACCUCGAAUCCCUAGGGAGCCUCCAUGUUGGACAGGCCAAGUUGAACCAGAGCCCAAAGCAGGACCAUCAUGGAUCAUCCCUGCCACGAAUCACGAGGAGCUCGGUUUGGGUGUGGGCAUUCCAGUAUGUGGAUAAUGGCAGUUCAGGAUCUAAAUACAAAGCAGUCUUCACAAUGAGGGUAGUCCUGGGAAACCUGCAGAAGGUGGUCUUUGACAAUUGGUAUAGGCUCCAGCCAGAUAAGGGAUAUGAUUCUAUGGAGGCACAUCCCCUUGUUGGGCUGACCAAAGUUGUUGUAUUCCAUCCACAACAUGGCAUGUCUGGCAUACCUCAUCAUAGCGAAAUGCUUUCUUAUCAGCCCAGUGCUAGUAACCAGAGUCAAAAUCAGGCUUCGGAUUUUAUGUGUAGUAAAGGGGAACCUGCUGGAGAGGGCUAUAAAUAUAAGGGGAAAAAAUCAGCACUGGAGUAUGCAAACAACUAUAGCUCAUCACUAGGUAGCUGGGCCACUGACCCGUCAUGUCAGCUAGAUGCAUCAAAGAUGUGGGGCAGCUCCUACAGAUGGUGGAUCAACAUCCAUAGCGGCGUCUUUGGGGCAUCCGAGAUUGAGGUGGUUGCAGGGGCGGGUGGAGAUGGUGAUGAAAAUGAUUCGCUAGGAUGA